GUUCACCAGUUACACUUACACGUUUUCGCAUUAAAAAAAUGUAACCGGUCGAGACGGUAACCUUCGUAUCAGUGAAUAAUCAUCACAGAGUGCAUAGAAACCAUUUUAUCAAAAUGCCAGCUCCAGCGGACGUAGCGACGGUGCGAAUGCGCGCGUAUCUGAACCUGUCUCUUCCUGAGAGAUGCAGAGAGCUUGCAGUUCUAAUCGACAAAUCCAGCACUGCAGAACUCCAAAAUGUCUUUCCACUUCUCAUCGAUUCGAUCUUCGGUGUGACGAACAACGUGGGGUGGGGGCUGCACUGUAUAAACCUCCGAAAACAUCCCCAGGAGUACGAGAUCCUGAGUAAUUUUUUGGGUCCCCAGGGGCCCAUAUUCUCCCUCUGCUACAAACUCCUACCAGACUGCUACCUAAAAUAUGAUUUUCCAGUGUCUUAUUUACCACCGAAGAUCCAGGUGAUGCUGGAAGAGGGAAUAAUCCCACCUUUCUACUCCGACAAAUUGAAAAAUCAUCACGGCAGUCGAAUACCCUCGGCUCUGUCGAUGAAUCCCUUCGAGUACUAUAUUUUCCACUUCGCCUAUCACCUGACUAAUCCAUGGCUCCAGCUCCAGCAGCAGGAGAAUGUCUGGAUAAAUUGGGAAACGGUUUAUGUGCAGCUUGCCCACUCCUAUCUGUAUCAUUUCCUGCCAAGGGACAAUUCACCGGUGUUGCCCAUCAUCGGAGCUUACGUCAAGAAGACACCAACGAGGAAGAUUGUCCAGUCGCCGGAGACCAAGAGGGUCCAGACUCCCAGUCUGCUGAGAUCCAUGGUGCUGUCACCCACUACCCCGACGAGCUCGGGACAGGGCGCUGGACCUCAUCAGCAGUGUUUACCGCAGGUCUGGCGUAGUGAAACAAUCGUCCAAGUGUUCCUGGACUUCUGGCUGGAGUACACCGAGGAGGAGAAAAUUCCCUCCCAGCCCCUGAAUCCCACCCUCGCUUCCUCUCUCCCCCGUCACCACUCGAUCCACUCUGGGGAGCACAUUCGCCUUGUCAGAGCCUUCAUCAAGACCCUCCAUGAAUUCGCUAACAGUGCGAGUGGUGAUAGAUCUGCCAUGGACGAACUCAAGCGUAUCAUCCUACCAUCAGUUCAAGGGAAAAUCUACACAUUUCUUCGUAAGGCAAUUCACCAUUGGCCCUUGGACAGCUCUUUCCGACUAAUUCUAGAGGCCUGGUUGAGUUUCAUCCAGCCAUGGAGAUAUGUUCCAGAGGUGUCCUACAGCCAACAAGGGAAAUCGGAGGAGGAGGACCGGGGAAAAAUCCACGAUCCGGAUCGUUGGAUGUCUUCUGUGGCGAAUAACCUCUUGGCCUACACGAGUAUAUUCCAACAGCUACUCCCAAGGUUCAUGAGAACUGAUCUGGUCGCUCCGAAGAACGCUUUGAUGCUCUUUAGGGUCACAAAAGUAUUCUCCCAACCAUACCUUGCCCAGAUGUUGAUGGAGGCUGAAUGCUACAUGGACGACAGUAGUUUCUCUCGAAACAAGAUCUCCACGAAGCAAUGGAGUGCUGUAGCCAGGCAGCAAAUACUUGAGCUUGAAGGCCCUUCCUAUCAGUACAUCCCCAUGUUCUCGGAGAAUACGGCCUCCCAAAUAGUCUGGUUCCUCAGCAUCAUCAAGCAGGCACAUCUCACUGCAACGAGCAUCGUCGAAGCUCUUGAGAAGAGGAACACUGAGAAAAAAUUCUUGAGAUCAUUGUGGGAAUUUUUCAAUGGAGAAGAACACUCCACUGAUGAUAUUGGACUCGCCGAGAGGAAGCGGGUGCCUGGGUUCUUGGCGACUGCGCAACAGCAGAUCAUUGAGAUCUUUCAGAUUAAAGUGGAGGACAUUCCACAGGUGGCCAUUGUUGCUGAUCAAGAAUAUCAUGACAGUAUUCUUUCGGAUUCCUUCUGUCAAUCACAGUGUGAGGGGGCUUGUGUGGAUCACAGCAGACCUGGGGUCUUUGUCCCGAUUCAAGAUGAGAGGCAACAUUGUAGAUAUAUUGAGUACAUGGGUGAUCCGGAACUGCAACCGGUGAGGAGCAAUGAGUGUGGGGUGCUCGUCAGGUGGCUCUACAGAGUGUGUCAAAUGAUUAAUUCGAAGUACGAACGUCAGAUAGCAACGUUCUACAGCCGUGAAGACUUCGUGGGACGUUUAACGAAAAAAGUAAUUCAACCCCCAACAUCAGUGCGACAACUACCUAAACGCAUGAAUGGAGGCUUCACAGUUGGUUCAGAGAAAAAAAUACCACCCAGACUGUCUCUGCGACCGCUAGCUAGCUAUAACUUCAUGACAGCUAUUUUUAUCUAUGUAAUUUUGUUACGUUUCAUCGGUUAUGGUGUACCAGCUUCAUUAUUUAUUGUGAGUUGUAUCUGGAUUUUUUACAAUGUUAUUAGGGCUAUUUGUGAGCCAUUGAUCACUAGGGCUAGUCCAAAUAGAUUUACAGCCAAUGCCACUGCUUUCUCGGGGAAUUGAUGGCAGAGUUUGAUAGGGAAACAUUGAAACUCAUCUGAGUAGGGGAAAAGCUAAAUUAUUUUUUUCGUCUUGUUGAUGCACUAAUUAUUUUGUGAACAGGGAAUUUAAGCGAAAAAUUGAGCGAAUUUUUUCUCAGGGAAUUUUACGACUUUCAAGAAAUGUCUCUUAAGUUUUUUUUCCGAAUGAUUUUGUUUUGGAGGAAUAAAGAAACGUCAGAUGUGAUAAGUCAAUUUUGAAUGAUUAUUAUAAAAGUAAAGAGAAUUUUUUUCAUCCACUUUAAUUUAUAGGAAUUUAAUAUUGAGAAUAAUCAAUUAACUCACCUCAUUGCGAAUUCGUCAAGUAAUGAAUGAACAAUCAUAGUAAAAUAACAGAGUUACUAUUUUUUAUGUAUUAUUAAGAAUUAGUUGUCUUGAAAAGUUUUAGGAAAAAUGUGAAAAUUUUUGCAAAGAAUUUCGUCGGUUAAAUAAAUCACCCGCAGACUUUUAAAAUUGUGUUCUUUAAGGAGAAUUUGCUUCACUUCAUGACUAAAUUCCUCACUCCAAUCUCCUUCUUUCCAAUUGUUGACGAUUUCACUUGAUAAUAAUUAAUUAACAAACGUCACCGUCGCGCCUUCAUCAAUGAUAGACCCCACUUUUUUACAAAAAUGUAUACUUGACAAUACAAUUAUAUAUGUGAUAACUUCUGAAUGUGGUAUCUUUAUUUUUAUGAAAAUAUGAAAACUGAAGCUUUGUGCACUGGUUAAUUGGGGGAAUCAACAAUCCUCAGGUAUCUGUGUACGCAACACCUUUUAAUUGGAUCCCGCCACUGGAUCCUCAACCGAAUAAUUAAUCACUCCAUUUUUUCCUCGUGACUCGUGUAAAAAAAUGAGACAUCGUCUGGGGUUUUAUCUAAUACCAUGAUUUAAUGGAGCAGUUCAAAGACACACACGUCUUUGAAUUGUCAAUUGCAUUCACACUGCUCCGAUUGAUUCAGCUAGCAAUCUAAAGUGCUCAGCUAUUUUCCAGUUAACUACAAUGAACUGCAAGUGUUCAUGCUUGUAGUGGAGGUUGCAGGGCUACUUGCUGUUGGGUAAUUCAAUCGAAAUUGCCUAGGGGGUGGAGAUUAGUGUCUCGAAGGUGUAUAUUUGAGAGUACAAAAUUUUCUAAUGCUGAUGGAUAAUAUUUUCUGCAUGAUCUUCAGCUACGAAACUACUUUCGUCUCCUUAUAUCGAAAACAUUUUUUCAGUAAAUUUGCAUUAUGUUUCCGAAGGACAAUUGGCACAUAAUUUUUAUCAGUGACUGAUUGUUUAAUAUUAAUUUCAAUGGACUAUUUCGCUUUUAAUCAACUUUGUUAGACCUCUUGUGAAAAUUAUAUAAAUAAAAUUGAAAAAUCAUGA